CAUCGCGAGGCCCCAGGCUUUGAAGAUUUCGCUCCAGAAAAAAAAGGGAAAUGGAGAGCCUCGCGCUAUUCUCUACCACCACCACCUUCACUUCUCCUCAUCGCUAUCCAUCUCGAAGAGCUCUCCUCAAAUCUACACCGUCCAUUUCCCUCUCUCUCACCCCUCGCUCCACCAACGCCCUCCGAUCUCCAGCUCCAUCUCCGACCCCCUUCUUCAUCUCUCCUCUCCGUUUCUCCCAUUUCAAAACCAAACCGUUCCUCUCUCCUCCUAAAUCCUCCCAAAAUCAGACGCAAACCUCCUCCGAUAAAAACCCUAACCCUAGCCCCGCUGCCAGUAUCCAAGGCGCCAAGCUUCUCCCCCUUGCGAUCUCGGUCGCAGUCGGCCUCAUUGUCCGAUUCCUCGUUCCGAAGCCGGUCGAAGUCUCUCUCCAGGCAUGGCAGCUCCUCUCGAUAUUCCUGUCGACGAUCACGGGCCUAGUUCUCGGGCCGCUCCCUGGCGGGGCCUGCUCAUUCAUCGCUCUCACCACGUCAGUCGUCACCAAGACCCUGACCUUCUCGGCUGCCUUCUCUGCGUUCACCAGCGAUGUCAUCUGGCUGAUCGUGAUCUCGUUCUUCUUCGCCCGGGGGUUCGUGAAAACUGGGCUUGGGGACCGGAUUGCAACCUACUUUGUGAAGUGGCUCGGGAAGAGCACUCUCGGGCUUUCAUAUGGGCUGACGAUUAGCGAGACACUUAUUGCUCCAGCGAUGCCUAGUACGACCGCGAGGGCUGGGGGUGUGUUCUUGCCGAUCAUCCAGUCACUGUCGCUCUCUUCAGGUAGUAGGCCUAGUGAUCCGUCGUCGAAGAAGCUUGGGGCGUAUCUGGUCCAGUCGCAAUUUCAGUCAGCUGGUAACUCAAGUGCUCUUUUCCUAACUGCAGCAGCUCAAAACCUACUAUGUCUCAAAUUAGCAGAGGAACUUGGGGUCAAAAUUGCCAGUCCAUGGGUUUCCUGGUUUAAGGCUGCAAGUUUACCUGCAAUUGCUUCUCUUCUAGCUACCCCAUUUAUUCUAUACAAGAUAUUUCCCCCAGAAAUCAAAGAUACGCCAGAUGCACCUGCUAUGGCUACAAAGAAGCUGGAUCAAAUGGGACCUGUCACUAGGAAUGAAUGGGUGAUGGUUGGUACAAUGCUUCUUGCAGUCUCAUUAUGGGUCUCUGGAGAUGCUCUUGGCAUAGCCAGUGUUGUCACGGCGAUGAUUGGUUUGUCCAUACUUCUGUUGUUAGGAGUGCUGGAUUGGGAUGACUGCUUAACUGAGAAAUCAGCAUGGGAUACGUUGGCAUGGUUUGCGGUUCUGGUUGGCAUGGCUGGCCAGCUGACAAACCUUGGCAUAGUGACGUGGAUGUCUAACUGUGUGGCCAAGUCUCUUCAGUCCUUCUCGUUAAGCUGGCCAGCUGCAUUCUGUGUUCUUCAGGCAGCAUAUUUCUUCAUCCACUACCUAUUUGCAAGUCAGACUGGGCAUGUAGGAGCCUUGUACUCUGCAUUCCUAGCCAUGCACUUGGCAUCUGGAGUUCCUGGGGUGUUGGCGGCACUUGCAUUGGCAUAUAAUACAAACCUAUUUGGUGCACUCACACAUUAUAGCAGUGGUCAGGCUGCUGUAUAUUAUGGAGCUGGCUACAUUGAGCUGCCAGAUGUUUUCAAAGUGGGAUUCAUAAUGGCUGUGAUCAACGCUGUGAUCUGGGGAGUGGUUGGGACCUUCUGGUGGAAGUUUUUGGGCCUCUAUUGAGCUGCAGUAUAGUACAAAGUAGAACCUUCCAUACAUUAAGGCUAUGGAUAAGGGGUUACUGUACACUAAGCAGGCCUCAACAAAAUCUGGUAAAGAUUUGGCGCUCCUAGAGAAUAAUGAAGACAUCUGAUUACAAACAGCCAUGAUCUCAACCAAACAAAUGAUUAGCGAACCCAGUAGUUAGGGGUGGCAAUGGGCAAUGGAGCCCAACCAUAUGGCCUGGGCUCCUAAACUUGGCCAAAGGGUCAGGACCAGCCUGGCCUAGCCCUUAAUUUUUUAGCUGUCAAUUUAAUAAGGUGGGUUUUUUUUUUUUUUGUAAUUUAAAUGAUACUUUCGUAGGAUGAGGUGGUUAAUACUUAUUGAUGUAGGGCAAGUCAAGGACAAUCACAUUGAUGGUUAGGAUCAAAAGAAAUUGGGCUAGAAAGUUUGAUCAAGGGCCCACAUGCACACUAUAUCUUUUGAGGGUCAUAACUUUGUGACUGGUUAUCCGUUUCGUGCGUGUAAUAUAUUGUUGGAAAGUUAUCAACAAGUUUUACAUGCUUGCCAAUGGCAAAUGCCAUUGGCUCCCAAACUGUUUUUGUGCUCA